UCUUUCAGUUUCAGAUAUGGCAAUGGCCGUAAGAGUAAAGAUGCAAACGCAAUCACUUCUAAGCAACGUUCUUCUAAUAAACUGUAAAUGCAUACACAGGGCAAAGACGUUAAAAGGUUACCGCCAUUGAUUAUUUAUUUGAAGCAUGAAAGGAAUUUGUCGUUACUGUAGUAAGUGGUAUGCACAGUGAAAUCACUGUUCUGAGUGGGUCAGAACGACAAAGGUACGGAGCAUAGCAAUGGCAAGUGGGUGGGCGGUGUGCCCAACUCAGCCGGAGCCGCUGAAACUCACUGCUCCUUUUCUCUUUUCAUCCUUCAAUUUCCUCUUAUUAAAUGCAGCUCCUCCCUCCCCAACUUUGCACCAUAUUCAAAUCAAAAUCCAUCGCCGGAAGUUGAUUUUCUCUCUCCUAGGGCUUCGAUUUUCGAUUUCUCUGUCAUUAUGGCGAAGAAUGCAGCGGAACGCGGCUCGUUCUCGGCGAAGGACUACCACGAUCCACCACCGGCGCCGCUCAUCGAUGCCGUGGAGAUUACGAAAUGGUCGUUUUACAGAGCUCUGAUUGCGGAGUUCAUAGCCACUCUGCUUUUCCUGUACGUCACUGUGUUGACGGUGAUCGGCUACAAAUCGCAGACGGAUCAUACCGGCAACAAGAACAAUGAUGCUUGCGGUGGCGUUGGGAUUCUUGGCAUUGCCUGGGCGUUUGGUGGAAUGAUCUUCGUUCUUGUUUACUGUACCGCUGGAAUUUCAGGUUCUUCUUUCUCC